UAUUACCCCUAUCGCACUCGAGGCUUGGCCGCAGUUUCGCGCAAACGUCGCAAAAAUUAUCUCUAUCGCUCGCUCCCGCUAUCACACACGCACCCGGUGACUGGUUUGAUUUUUUGUGCCAAAAAACCGAAGCGAAACUCACCUCCCCUGUACUGUGUUUAUCUUAAUCGAUUCUCGAACCGCUCAUCGAACCUACUUAAAAUGUCGUCCCGAAUGAUCUCUUCGUCGUUCAUCCGCCGGCUGCUCGAGGUGAACAACAAGAAGCCGCUCCAGCGCCGCUUCGUCUCGACACGCGAUCCCUACUCGGAUCCUCGUGGUUUCACGCUCAGCGAUAUGAAGAAGAAUCCUGCUGUUCUACCACUGGUGAUCAUUAUGGCAACGGCCGUAGUCGGUUGUUCAGGUUUCAUGGUCUAUUGCGGACGCACCCGGACCGAUGUGAGCCUCAACAAAAAGGUCUUCGAGCACGAUACGAUGGACGUUAUGGAUCCGAAGCAGCGCAAGAUGCUGGUAUUCAAUCAGAAGUACGGUUCGAUGCCGGAGCUGAACGAGGCGCUCAGUUACCGCGAGGAGUACGAGAAGCUGCAGUCCGAGAAGUAGGCGACGACGGUGACCACCACGAAUAAGGCGCAGCAUUCAAUUAUAUCCCGACAUUCGUAGACCAUAUACAUGUAUCCUCUUUCGUAGCGAUAAAAAGACGAAAGAGGUAUUAUUGUUAGAAAUCGUUCUCGCUAGCCAAAAACCUGUUAUCGAUGGUUCGCGUGUUUGCUUGCCCCGUUCGGUUACAGAACACCAAGCAAGCAAGCAAGUUGAACAUCGGAUUAUGCUGCAAUCAAUUGAAUCACUCUUAACAGCGCUCGAUAGCUGUAAAACGUUAGAACUCGGGUAUCCGGCACCCCGUUGUUCCCCUGUUUGCUGCUUCAGAUGUUGCCAUUUCCUGUUAUUGAUAGAAGUACUACUACUAGAACACACACUCAGCCAGCCUGCGGAGCACUUCUGCGAACCGCUUCUUAAUGUAAUAACCAUUGCAAAUUGAAUAAAUAAAUCGAUUG